AUGAACCAAGGGAACCCUCCGCCGUAUCCGGGCCCUGGUCCUACGGCCCCAUAUCCCCCUUAUCCAUCACAACCGAUGGGGCCUGGAGUCUACCCUCCAGGACCUCCAGGGGGACCCUACCCACCUCCUCAGGGCGGGUACCCCUACCAAGGAUACCCACAGUACGGCUGGCAGGGCGGACCUCAGGAGCCUCCUAAAACCACAGUAUACGUGGUGGAAGACCAAAGAAGGGAUGACCUGGGCACAUCCACCUGCCUCACAGCCUGCUGGACAGCCCUCUGUUGCUGCUGUCUCUGGGACAUGCUCACCUGA